AACGUACCAUGAAAAUGAUGAAAUAGCUGCGUUUAUAAUACAUUAACCAGAAUUUAGUCGAUCAUGGCUUCAUGAGACUUGAUUGUGAAAUUUUGUUUUAGUUGCUGGUGUGAUAUGUGUCUGUAUUCACAGCGCACAAAACUUGCUUCCUAUGGACAAGAAUGGUCUCAGUGAUCCUUACUGUAUUGUUUAUGAAAAUAAAAGAGAGGUAAGUAAGUAAAGUUGCUAAAGUAGUCUUGAACUGUUUGUGCCAGUGAGGUAGUGCCAAUAAUAACUAUAGUUGGUAGAGAUGUUACUACCUGAAAAAUAUAAGAGAAUUUCGAAAUUCUCCCUAUAUGUUUCAGUUAGUUGCAUCCCAACCAACGAAAGCUUGUUAUUAGGUAAGAAAAGUACAUCUUUUGAAGUAUAAGAUCUCCCUGAGUCAGUGUGUUGAAAAUGCCUUACUAUGGGUACAAAUAAACUGCAAAACAUUUUUUUGAAAAAAGUAACAACAACUAUACACAAAGACAAAAUUUUGCACUUCGGCAAAAAACUGUCGUCGUUGUCCACAAUGAUCCACGGCAUUUUCUUCUGGAACUACGACAAUUACCGAGAUAAAAUUCCAGCCAUGAAUUGCACUGGAUUAUAGUAAAGAGAUGACCAUUACUGCCGCACUUCUAGACAGAACAGUUUAGAACUGGUAUAAUAAAUAUAGUUAAAGUUAGUAUAAUAUUUUUUUGCCUGCUCUUGUCAACGAUACAAUCGUACAAAUGAAAAAAUCUUGUCGUUCAUUCGUUGUUUUAGGUCAAAGCCACGUCGUGCGUGGAGAACACGUUGGAUCCAGUGUGGGAUAAUGUUGUAGAAUUCUGCACAGCGGACUACACCAAAACUGUCGUCUCAUUGGUUCUUCAUGAUAAAGACGUCACAACCCUGGAGACUUUGAGGAUAAAAGAUGACCCUGAUGACUUCAUGGGAUCAUGUAACUUUUACCUUAGCAAGGUAAGCUGUUAGAGGUGCCUUUCACCUCUGAAAUCGUGGGUUCGAUUCUCGCUAUGGACUCAUGUGAAACGAGUCAGUCAACGCUCUGCCGAAAGUCCCACAGCGAAAGUUGACAGGGUGGAUUAGGAUAAACACAGUUAAGAACGUAAUAUCGCAAUUUUUGCAAAAAGAUAAAGCAUGUAAUUAGGUAAGCGUAACACUCGAUCAAUUAAAUUGAUGACCCUAUAACUGGACUGCUAAGAAGAACAAUCUACGACUCUCAUGAUACUGACCGAGCUAUUUAGUUCAAAAGGAUCCUAUCGCCUGUAUUCUAAAAGAUCACUCACACUCAAAGAGUGGAGGAUCUGAGCUUCUCUUGAAUGUCAAUGCUGUUUUUGAAUAGCUGGAGGGUUAGUCGUACCUUACUCUGUGACUACUCAUCCUCCAGCUAUUCAAAAACAGCAUUGACACUCAAGAGAAGCUCAGAUUGAACCUCCACUCUUUGAAUGUGAGUAAGCUUUCAGAAUACAUUGUGUGAAUUCAGCUUUUCCAUAUCAUGUAACUCUAUUUUAGGAACAGCCGUAUUUCUUCAAGAGGACGAUGGAUGUUCUGUUUCGCGUUCGUGCUGGCAAAGAUGGUUUGAAAAGGGCGGGAAUAAUAUGCGUAUCCGCUUUAUUUAGACCUGUGCCCGCAGUAGCGAAAACAGGUACGAUAAAAAACGCAGGACAUUUCUGUCAUCUUAUAUACUGGAAUGCCAUAUACAAUUUUCUUAUAUACAAUUUUCUUACAAUUUCCAAAGGUCGUAGCCCGUAGGUUCGAUUCCCACCGUGGUCAGGCAUAUUUUUCAAGCCUGCCCGGUGUGGAUAUACACUCAGAGUAACAUCUCAUUCACCUGAGUACACUACACCAACACAGCAAAUUUUCUUAUUGUUUACAAAAGCGUUUUGCAAGUCGAGAUUGUCGAGGUUUUUCACAAUUUGUGGCACCAUAAUAAUAGCUAUAUGGUUUGUGGCUAUAAAGUGCGCCUGUUCCCGGCAUCCCUCGUGAUUUUCUGACUCUGAAAUCUACAUAUGCCGGAAGUUUUAUAUUUGACUUGUACAGGAAAUUUUUAUUUUUGGAUUUUGCUGAGAAGUAUAUUUUCUAGGCUUGGUUUACUGACGAAGACACAGAAUUAAUAUGGACAAGUACCUAAAUAAUCUCUAUAUUUAUUUUUAUUUUAUUUCCAGAAAAACUUCGCCCCAUGGGUGGAUUACCGGAUGGCGAACCGUUGGAUAAAGUAAGUAAACAUAAUUCCGUUAAUUAUAAGUACAAAAAGGCACAACGUUCGAACGUAGUCGAGUCUUACUAUACUCGUAAAAUGUUUAGAAAUUUUUGAAGAAGAAGACAGAUCCCCAAGCAUUGGAGGCCUUACUUAUUGCAGGUAAAAAAUGAUUCUUUGUUCACUUUUGUAAUUUUCUUCUUGUUGUGUCUUAGUUGUAUAUUUCAGAACGAACAUUACGUACAAUACACACAUGUAGUUUUAAGUUAUAUCUCCUAUUUAUUUUUUACUGUUUUAGAAAAAGGUGGGAUUGAAAUUCAAAUUAUUCAAGGACGUAAUCUGGUUGUAAUGGACAUGACAGGUAUGUAUCUUUCGAAUUAAUUUGACUAACGUUAUUUAUACUGGAUUGAACUCCCGUUAUACAGAUGUGAGCGACAGAUAGCUAUGCUGAAAGCUUUAGCCACCAACACCAAUAAGCUUUAUAUUGCUGAGUAAACUAUAAACUGAGUUUCUUUUUCGUUCAAGGCGAUAGUGAUCCAUUUGUUACGAUCAAAUACGGAUCAGGAAAGGAGAAAUUCAAAAGUAAAGUUAUUGAUAACACGCUAACUCCUGUGUGGAAUGAAACAUGCAGACUGCCUUUGCCAAAUGAAGACGAUAAAAUGAUAAUAGUAAGUUGAAAUUCUAUGCGUUCUUAAAUCUAUACUAAAUUGCUUGAUCAGUUCUAAACAGGAGCACCCAAAGAAAACCUUCCGUAUAUCUGGAAACACUGGUUACAUUUUGAUCUAACAACUGCGUGUUAUAGAAAUCGAACCCCAUUCACGGAAUAAGUGAAAGACCGAUAUGCACAUUUCAACCAAGAUUUUGUUCGAUAGUAUACAACAGAACACAUUGGUAUCAAAGGUACUAGACUUAGUUCCGAAAUAUCACACACUCGAACAGACUUGGCCUCGUAGCUCAGUUGGCAGAGCAUUGGACUUGACUAUUUCUCGUGUUGACAUGAUAUCUUCCAUCUUUCACCAAAUGAAAAUAUUUUUUACUAUUUUUUUUUUAUCUUUUGUUUUACUUCAGGAUGUGUGGGACAAGGAUCCAUUGAGUCAGGAGAAAAUGGGUCAUGUUACGUUUACCUUGGCACAGCUGAGAGAGAAAGGAAAAGUAAGUACGAUAGUAUACAAAUAAUUUUUAAAAAAUUUUUUAAAAAAAGUUUAAAAAAUUUAGAAAUAAUUUUGGUGGUACUUAAUUGAAUCUUAUUUAAGAUCUGUUGUCCUUUCCCUUCAAUCAUUUGUUAAUAUAUAUUAUUGAUUGUAAAGUUAGUAAAAAAAAUUUAAAAAGUUACGAUUAAUAUUUUUGGGUGAAAAAUGUAAUCGCUUCACUCAUUCAUGUCAUGAUCCUAUCUAUUCGGUAUUCAACGUUGGAGGAUUGAUCUCUAAUAAUUCUUACCUCUAAUUAUUUUAACUAAAGAAUCCUGGUGUUAAAGAAUGGUACAAACUCAAGAAAGUCAAAACAGGCGAAAUCCAACUGGCGUUCACGUAUAUAGCUCCACAGGUAGCGUAUAAUGUUGUUGUUAUGAAUUUACAUUUUGUACCCCUUUGCUGCCUCGUAUCUCUCCCAAACAUGAACGACCAGUGGUAUUGUGGUACAGUGAAUUAUUAGUGUAUGCCUUUCACAUAUCAAAC